AUGGUGGAAAGUGAUAAGAAGGCUUAUGAUCUUGAGAAGAAGGCCUUUGCUAUCCUUGCUAAAGCACUUCGUAAGGAUAUUUAUCAUCAAUUCGCGUAUUGUACCACUACAAAGAAUUUGUGGGAUGUCUUGGAAGCUAGAGGGGAAGGAAAUGCAGCAACAAGAAAGAUCCGUCGUGAUCUUUUAAAGAAGGAGUUUGAAGGAUUUUUGUUCAUGGAAAAUGAAACACUAAACGACAUGGCUACCCGGUUCUAUCAUUUGCUUAGUGAGAUGCACUCAUACUAUAACGACUCACACAAAAACAUCCUAAACAUGUUCCGUAAGUAUAAACCCGGAUCCUGA